UGUUCUAGUGUUUUCCAUAUCUAUAAUAGAAUCCAGAUUAUUAUAUAACACCCCCUCCUUCAGUCUUUACCCUAGUUUCUUUCUCUUCUGCCGUUUUUUUUUACUCUUUGGCUUACUGCUUUCAUCUUCUUCCGACCUUCAAGAAACCGAAGGGAUUUUGUUAAAGAGGACUACAAGAGCAGCAAAGAUUGGGGCCGAGUUCAAUAGAGCUAUGGUGAGUUCGCUUGGGAUUGGUCGAAUGGGGAAGGAAGAGGACGAGAGGACUCCUCCAUGGUUGAAGCCAAUGCUUCGGGCUAAAUACUUCAACCCUUGUUCGAUUCACUGUGAUUCCAACAAGAGUGAAUGCAACCAUUUCUGUUUGGAUUGUAGAGGACCUGCUUUGUGCACUUCCUGUUUGAUUCAUCACCAAGGCCAUCACUAUGUUCAGAUAAGAAGAUCGUCUUACCAUAAUGUGGUGAGGGUGAGUGAGAUUCAAAGGUACAUAGACAUUUCGUGCGUGCAGACAUACAUUAUCAACAGUGCGAAGAUUGUAUUUCUGAAUGAGAGGCCUCAGCCGAGGCCGGGAAAAGGGGUUACAUACACUUGUGAGAUUUGCUGCAGAAGCUUGGUGGAUGCCUUUAGGUUCUGCUCAUUGGGUUGCAAGCUUGGAGGUAUGGAGCGGGGUGACCCCAACCUCUCUUUUACGGUGAGGUUUCCAAAACCAAGUCAGAUGAAUCAGAUGUAUAACCAUCUAAGAGGGUCAGACUCAGAUGAAUCAACAACCCCCAAGAAGAUAGCAAAGACAACUCAAAUGUUCAACCGUUUGAUGAUGGGGGAAGGCAAUGCAACUUCCUCUGAUGAUGAGGCCACUGCCCAUAAUCUCUCUCCCUCCACUCCUCCCCUCUACAAUGAUCGCAAUGCUGGAAGAAGCAGGCGUAAGGGUAUACCUCAUCGUGCGCCCUUCUUUUGAGGUUCUCAUUCCAGUAAAUCAAACCAUAGUAGAAUCAUAAACUUUUCUAUAUAAUUAUAGAUCAAGUAGUGGAAGAUGAAGCAUAUACCUUAUAAUAUUUCAAAGUUUGGGUGUGUUGUAUAGAAGUCGUGGACUCACAGAUGUGAAUACUAGGGGGAAGGUUAAUCAAUUACGGUUUGUACAUUAGUUAUAAACUAGGGGAUACAUGAUAAAUAUGCUGGCUAAGCUAGUAUCAUCUUGUACAAAGUAUGGACAUAUACAUGGUUUUCUUUUCUUCUA